GUAAGCAACGGUCACACUUGAAUCAAAACCUUUCUGCCGGCGCAUAAAAAGUUGGCUACCGAUUUUAAUAAAAUUAAUUAUAAACAUUUUUCUGCAAGCAUGGCUAGCGAGUGCCGCAUCUGUGGCGAGCGAAUCUUCACGCCGCACCCGAAAAACAUCUUCGAAAAGCGUAACCAUCGCAUCCGGACUGCCAUUGAGCAAAUCACAGGCUUGGAGAUUGUUUUGGAGAAGCUGUUGCCGCAGCACAUCUGCUCCUGCUGCCUCCUGGACCUGAGCCAUGCAAUUGCUUUCCGGCAGCGGUGCCUGCAAACGCACGAGAACCUGCACCAGAGGACAUCGUCAUCCCCCACCAAUAAGGGUGUCUCAAAGGGGAGCGUGGUGGCCCUGGAGUCGGACGGCGAUCCGCUGUUGAAACGGGAGGCCCAGGAUGAUAUGAGCGACAUGGAGGACAUUAAGGAGUCCAUGGAUGUGAAACCCGUUAUAAAGUCGCCACCGGCCAAGAAACUAAUACGGGCGGUUCCAAAGCUGCCCAAUAGUCAAUCUCCACGCGUGAUGGUAAAGCGCCUUCGUGUGCCGGAGGUGGGUAGAGCUGCUACGCCACCAACGUCACCGCCUCAGAAGCCAAUCCGCAAGCCCAGAAAGCGGCGUCCCCGCCCAAAGGUCGAUCGUUCAAUAAAGCGAUACGUGUGCGACCAAUGCGGCUGGUCCUUCAAUGACCAUAGCAACAUGAAAGACCACAAGCUGCGCCAUUUCGAGGAGCAGUACUCGUGCGACGAGUGCGGUCGCAAGUUUUACACCAAGUCGCUGCUCCGACUGCACGACCGGGUUCACCACAAGGGCGAAAAACCGUAUGUCUGCAAAUUCUGCGGCAUGGGAUUUGCCAAUAGUCCCAGCCGAUGUCGGCAUGAGCGCCAAAUGCAUCCAAACGAGCUGUCCUUUCCCUGCGGCGUCUGCGGAAAACGUUUCAAUAGCGACAAGGGUCGAAACAAACAUCAAGAGGGUCACAAAAACAACCAGCCGGAUAUCCACAUAUGCCUUACCUGCAACAAGGAGUUUAAGGAGGCACAAUUUUUGAAUCGGCACUAUUCCACCAAGUAUCAUCGUAAGCGGAUGAACUUGCUGGCAGAGGAUCCAAAAGAGGAAUUCCAGUCAGAUGCCGAAAACGAGGAGAGUCCUGGUUACAUGGAAGAAGGUCAGGCGGAUAUGGAGGAGAGUCAGGCCGAAAUGGAUGCUCUUUUGGAGGAUAUAGACGAAGAUCACUAUGAGGACCACGAAGAGCUUAUGGACGAGGAAGAGCCGUUUGAGGAUUUCGAGUAUGACGAGACCAUCAUGGAGGAGGAACUGUACACUUAACUUCUAACUCAAAUCAUAAGACGCAAUUGGCGCCAAACAUUCACAAAUGCCAGGGAUGCAGGCUGUCGAAAAUCGAAGUUUAUUCGGGUCGGUGGUUCAAGGAAAGUUUUUUGAACCAUCAACCGUGUUCCAAGCAUUAUUUAAGAAAAAUAGAAUUUGUUAUGAAAAUA